AUGUUGGCUGCCGUGGCCGAAGCCGGGCCCACGCGCUCGGCGUGGGCGACGGUAAUGCCCCAGUCACACGGGCUGGUAAUCCGGGACGGCGAACCACCGCGCACGGACUUCUUGACGGGAUCGCCGCACGAGCCUGUGGCCUGGGCGAGCUUCCAGGACGACAUCCAAGAAAGCGGGUGGUCGUACCUCCAGAUCGAGUCCAAUCCGCACGUGGAUGAUGAGCAGCAGGCGUAUGCGGCUGGGGCCCUGGAAGCCUACCUGACAAGGGAGCUGAUGGAAAACCAGUGGGCGAACCUCUUCGCACCCUACUGUGACAACCAGACCGAGUACUGCAGCAGGCUCAACGACUUCGUAACCAGGAACCUCGUGUACACGCGCGAGCAACAGCACAAGUUCAAGGAGAGCGACCCCUUCUGGAACAUGAUUCUAGCCUGCUCGGCGCUCGUCAAGGUGGUGGGCGACUUCGAAGACAUGUAUAUCGGACACGACGCCUGGUUCCUGUACCGGGGAAUGCUGCGCGUACAGAAGCAGUAUAUCUUCCCCUGGCACCGGACGGCGCAGCUCACCGGUGUAGGACACAUCUCUCGAUUCUGUCGGCAACGUCGUUGGGCACCGAGGUGCUACGAGUCACAGUCAACGUCCUAUGGCACCGAAAGCCGUAACUUCGACCAUUCCUGGCCUCCACGCUCCUUUCCUUCAUCGACAACCUUCCCCAUCAACAGUCCACGACGGGAUCAGCGACUCACCCGUUUCAGACCGCAGUCUAACUGCACCGUUCUCUCGUCAACGUCGCUCUCCUUCACCGAGACGACGUUCAUUCUCGCCACCACCGUCGGAAAACUAGACUGCGCGGCCGAUAGAGAGGACAUCGUCCCAGGCCACACAAUCACCAUGUCAUCUUACGCCGGGAACCUGGUUUCCUGGGACAACUUCUACUUGUCUUCAACGGGACUGGUUAUCACAGAGACGUCAAUUGUGAACAGCAACCAGACGCUGUGGGACACCGUAGUGCCUGAAAGCGGUCCCUUCACCUGGAUCAGAACCGCUAUAGCCACCCGCCUGGCUCUCACGGGUGAGGAGUGGGUCGACAUCACCGCCCGGGACAACAGCGGCACCUAUUUCCCCGACAUCUUCGCCAUCAGUGAACAACUUCCCUUAGUGGAGCAGUACGGCGACAUCUAUACAUUCGAGAACUGCCCACGUGCCAAGAUCUUCAGGCGAGAUCACGCCAAGGUCAAAGACAUGGACUCCAUGUUAAAAUUGAUGAGGUACAACGACUUCAAGAAUGACCCGUUGUCUAUGUGCAACUGCACACCACCAGAGAACCCAACCUAUGCCGUCGCCGCCCGAUAUGACCUCAUGGACCCGCAAGGAACCUACGAUACACCCGGGAUGUACAGGCACGCUGUCGGAGGCAUCGAUGCGAAGGUGACCAGCUCCAGUCUGUUCUCGUCAUUGGAGUUUAUCGGCGUCAGUGGGCCCACGUGGGACGACCAGCCGCCGUUCCAGUGGAGCACGAGCCAAUUGAAGGACCUACACGCCGGUCAGCCCGAUAGGUGGCAGUUCGAGCCAGUACACCGCAAAUGGGCGGAGCCACGUGUCCAGUGGCGCUCUGAGCUGUAG